CCAUUGAGAAGCUAAACUCAAAUUUAAAAUGAAGAACUGUGAUUUAAACUUAUUUUUCCUUUCCCUCAGCCGGCCUCCAGAUGCAGCCACUGUGUCAGCAUGCACACUAUUAAGACAGUGGAGACCCAGGUGCCCUUUCUGAAAGAGAGUUUCUUCACCAGCACUUUCAAAGGCAGGAGGAAGAGCAGCGUUUCCAACCUCCUCCAUAAACAACAGCAGCAACAAUCGGGCAUUUCGAAGACGCAGCAGCAUCCUAAGCAAUGCAUCUCCCCUUUAUUAGAGAAUGAACCAGGGCAGCUCACUCCAGAGCAUAAGCGACUUGUUCGCUCCACCAGCUGCCCGUUAUGUAAGACAGCCGAGCGCGCAAAAGCAGAUGGGGAUAGAAAGGAGGGGCAAAAAGAGAGGAAGGAUCAGAGAGUGAGAGAGGCUGCGCAGGGUAGGGGGGAAGAGCGAGGAGUGCGGGGUAGCGAGCCCGAGGCUGUCAGUGCCAGUCCCCUCCUCUUCCUCUCAUCAUCAUCAUCAGAGCUGGGAGAGGCAGCGUCGUUCUCACAGCUGCCGAUAACUGUAGUGGGCAGACAGCAGGGAUUAGGAAGCUCUGAUAGGGCUCUGGCAGCAUCAGUAGCAGCCCAGGAGGAAGAACAGCGCGCCCUGCAUCGACCCCAGCAGUAUGGCCUGGUAGCCAAGGGAGUCCGCCUGUUCAAGAACAUGGGGAACCAGGAGGCAAAGCAGAAGAAAGGAGGAGGAAGUGGCGGAGCCGCAGGAGAUGUCUCCUGCGAAAGCGAUGCUGAUGAGAGGGAAGCGGACAAGAAAUCGAAAAAGUCCCACAGUAAGAUAAGUAAAGGAGGAGGAGAACAAAGUGUUGGGAAGAAAUCGAAGUCGGAGUCGAAAGGUUCUGUGUUUUCCGGCAUCAGGAUCAGGAAGAGUUUUUCAAAGGCCAAAGGGUUGUCUCAGGAUGACAUGUUGGUAGAUGAGAGGUCGGCGCAUUCGGGCAAAGCAGGGCCGUCAGCUGGCGAGAUGGGCAUGCGAUCAGAUGUCGAGGGCGACGUACGAUGCUCGACUGCGGACAGUCGACAGUCUCUGGUGAAUGAAAUUGUCCAAAAGACGAGCUCUGGGUCAGAUGCUGACCUUUACAGUUUUCACUCAGCAGCUGAAAAUGAAGACCUGCUCGCUGACAUCCAACAGACCAUGAGAAACCAAUGUGUGGCCAGUGACGGACUGGAAUUGGUGACUGGCGUCAUAUCCGAACGGUCAACAUCUAAGGGGAACAGAGCCGCCGAGAAGGUAUGGUCUCACCGGCUAUUGGAUCCGGAUCAGGAGGUGUUCUCAUCCCCCGUUGGUGCCGAAUGUGUACGUCAAGAACCAAAUGAAGGCCGUACCAAUUUGGAGAACGAAAGCUGUUCUUCUGGUCCAGGGUCCCCGACUUCUUCCGCCGCGGACAGCAGUGGCAGCUUCCUCCCAAAGACUAACAGCUCGUACAGCUUUCCUGACACGACACCCACCAGCACCUCGUACGAGAGUGCCGAGGAAGACCAGGAUGACCUGGAGAGUCCUGUUCUGCAGCCUCAAGGUAAUCGGGCACCACAGACCAGAAACACAUGUGUGCCAACUGUCUGCUUGGAUCCCUCAGUGGCGGGGGCGGGGCCGAUGGGGUGUCGCAAGAGUGCGAGCAGCAUGGACCUGUCUCUGGAGAGGGAAGAGGAAACUGGGAGACGGGACUUCCUGUCCCUGAAAAAGAGGAAGAGUAGUUUGUCUAUCAGUCAGCGAACCGACAACCCCCCAGUUUCUCAGCCAAGACGGACGUCCUCCACCACCUCACCCUCGCCUGUCAAACUCUACCCUCCAGUCCACCCCUCCUAUGUUAAGACAACCACCAGGCAGCUCACUUCUCCCAUUAGCUCCCCCGUGACCAGCCCCAACGUGCCCAGAAAAACAAUUGUCGUUGCUGCUUCGAUCGAAUCGACCAAUUUAGGGUUGAGGAGGAACAAGCAGCGGUCUUGCUCCAUUGCUGGAGCCCUCAGUGAGUCUGCAGACUGGCAAACAGAGCUGGAUAAGCGAAGAGGGCGGCGGGGGGGCAGGGCCACAUUUCCAGAGCAGGAGACACAAGAGAAGAGUCCCACAGGUGGGACGUUCUGGACACUGGGCUCGAGGAGAGCACACUAUGGACGGCAGACGCCCACCAGCGCAGCAGCCUACCUGGAUGUCUUCUCUGGUCGCACUCUGUUGGACUGGCUGUGUCCGCAUGGUGGAGAUGGGUCUGCAGAGGAGGAGGCGAAGGAACUGUGUCACCGACUGUUGGCCCAGGGUCUGCUGCACCUCUUCAGCGGCGGCACCGCCGAGCUCCACGGGGACAGCACUGCCUCAGCAGUCGUUAAAGAGGAGCAGCUGUACACCUGGGCUUCUGUUGGCCUGCCGGUGUCGUCUCACCUGUGGGAACGAACCACAGGCAGAGAACACGGCUUCACGUCACCGUUGCAUCAUUCAUCAGGCAAGACACCAGGAGCUCUCCGCUCUCCGACAGAAUCCAGCAGGUUGAAGUCAGGUCAGUCAUCCUCAGAGGACGAAAGCUGCCCCAUCCCUCAGCUGGAGAGGACUGUCGAUGACCUGCGGAUUAAGAUCGCUGUGUUGCAGGGCCAGCAGGCCUCGUGGGCAAAGGGCAGCGGUGAUACUACGGGAGCUCCGGGCGACGGCCACCACAAGGCCUCACAGAUGAGAGGAGGAAGACUGGGAAAGAUGAGCCAGGAGGUGUCUGUCCAGACAUCACCUGUGGAGGAGGGGUUUAAGUUUGACGUGCCUUUCAUCGGAGGAUCAGGCAGCGUGUCCUCCUCCAUCCCCUCCUCCAUGUCCUCCUCCAUCCCCUCCUCCAUCCCCACAUCUACAGAGAACUUUGUCUGCACGUGCCAACAGAGGCAGCAGGGCAGCGCCCAUCAAGCUCCCCCACCUCCACCUCCACCUCCACCACCACCACCUUUAAUAGGGUGUGGUCCUCCUCCUCCUCCACCACCUCCUCCUCCCUUACCCGGGUUUGGACCAUGCCCCCCACCGCCUCCCCCUCCACCACCACCACCACCAGGUUUUGGACCACCACCACCACCACCUCCUCCCCCACCGGAUAUGGGCCCUCCUCCACCACCCCCUCCGCCUGGAAUAGGCCCCCCUCCUCCACCCCCGCCCCCAGGCUUUGGGCCUCCACCACCACCAGGCCCCAUGCCCUCCAUGAUGUACCAGGAAGCUGCCCCUGCCAAGGCUGCGAUAGAGCCCCCCAAGCCAAUGAAGCCCCUCUACUGGACACGGAUACAGCUGAAUGCGAAGAAACCCAUUGGCUCACUGGUGUGGGAGACGAUCGACGAACCGAGUGUGGACUUUAAAGAAUUUGUGGAACUUUUCUCCAAAAGUGCUGUGAAGGAGAAGAAAAAGCCAAUUUCAGAUACAAUCAGCAAGUCCAAGGCUAAACAGGUGAUGAAGCUCUUGAACAACAAGCGUUCACAGUCGGUGGGUAUUCUGAUGUCCAGCAUUCAUCUUGAUAUGAAGGACAUCCAGAACUCCGUCCUACAUAUGGACAACACUGUCGUUGAUCUGGAGACUCUACAAGCUCUCUAUGAGAAUAGAGCCCAAAAUGAUGAGAUGGAUGGCAUUUUAAAGCAUAUCAAAUCAUCCAAAGACAAGGAGGAUGCCAAGCCGCUGGACAAGCCCGAACAGUUUCUAUUCCAAUUAUCCCAAAUCCCCAACUUCUCUGAACGAGUGUUCUGCAUCCUGUUCCAGUCGACGUUCCAUGAAUGCAUCGCCUCAAUCGUCCGCAAAAUAGAAAUCCUUCAGAGAGUGUGCAAGACUCUUCAGAGUGGUAAGUGUGUAUUGCAGGUGCUUGGCCUGGUGCUGGCUUUUGGCAACUUCAUGAACGGAGGUAAUCGUUCUCGAGGGCAGGCCGACGGUUUCUCCUUGGAUAUUCUGCCAAAACUGAAGGACGUCAAGAGCAGUGAUAACUCCAAGAGUCUUUUGUCCUACAUUGUUGCUUACUAUCUAAGGCACUUUGAUGAGGAUGCUGGCAGAGAGACGUGUGUCUACUCUCUGCCCGAGCCCCAGGACCUUUUCCAGGCCUCCCAGAUGAAGUUUGAGGACUUUGAAAGAGAUCUGCGCAAGCUGAAGAAAGACCUCAAUGCAUGCUCGGCUCAGACGGAGAAAGUUUGCAAGUGUUCCUCUGAAGAGAACCUGCAACCCUUUGCGGGAAAGAUGGAGGGAUUUCUUAGCCAAGCCAAAAACGAACUGGAGACGCAAGAGAACCAACUGGCAGACACUCUGAAGAUCUUCUUGGAGUUAAGUGUGUCCUUCUCAGUGAAGCCCAAGGCUGGAGAGAAAGAGGUCUCUCCCAACACGUUCUUCUCCAUUUGGCACGAGUUUUCCACUGAUUUCAAAGACCAGUGGAAGAAGCAGAAUAAGCUGAUGUUACAGGAACGGGUCAAAUUGGCUGAAGAGUGCUUCAAACAGGCCAAAGAGAAGGCUUCCUACAGUGUGAAACCCAAGCAUGCCACUGGAAUGAAAGCAAAACUGGGUCAGAAGAUCUGAAGCAAGGAACGGAAAGUUAUCAUCGCCCAGCCUCUUGCACAAGCACUGCCAGUACAAUCCGACCGGACUCAUCAGUCAUUUGUCCGGCACACAUUUGAUUCCGGUGUUUGCUUUCAAUCGAUUUAGACCCGUUUAUUGUGAGUUCAAAGUGGAUAUUACAUUGUUUGAAAGUGGAAUGACAAAUUACAUUCUCAGCCACUCUUUCAGAGCACUUGCAUAAUUAAAUUAAACAUUGCCACCAAAAUACAUCCUUAAACUGAGAUGUUGCAAGAAAAUGCACAGUGGAGUCUGACAUUUGUAUCCAAGCUUACUUUGUGUUUUAUAAGCCACAUGUAGCCUAUUUUCAUUUUUAGUGCAAUUCCUAAGCCUAGUUUAUAGAAAGGAAUGAGCACUUCCUCUUUAUAUUUCCCUUAAUGGUGACAAGCACAUAAUUUUCUAACAUUCCUACCCGGUCGGCAUGGAUCACCUGCCAGACUGAAAGUGCCUUUUCGCACAGUGGACGGUCAAAUCAGUGUUGGAGAUCAGAGCUUAUUUUUUAGACAUAUCACCUUUAAUGUUACAUGUUAAGAAGAGAAUCUGUUUUACAUCGGCCGAGACAUGAUAACCUUUCAUUUAAGUUUCAUCAAGCCUGCUUUAGAACCUUGUGAUGAUUAUAAAAACUCCCAUAUUGUAGAAUGAUGUCUUCAACCAAAAAGGCCAUGCAUACUUAAGUCGUAUGAUCUGAUAUAAACGUCCUAUUGUUUUACUCCGCAGUAACGUCAACAUGCGUUAUGUUUGAAGCAAACACCCUAUGCAGCGAAAUGUGUUUUUCCUACUGUGUGUGUGUGAACUGCCAUAUGCAAAUGAAACAAUAGCAACAUGUUAUGUAAUGUUCAUGUGCAAUACCAACAAUGUGUUUUGAUUAAACACUUGUCAUUAAAAAAUAAUAUUUAUUAAAUAAAAGAAAUGACAUACCUUUUUUAAUUUAACAAUC